GUUUCGCCCGGGAUCACAGGGAUGAGAUGGUGGAGGGGCUGAAGGCGCUGAAGAAAGGGCUGGAGGAGCCCGACUUCACCGUCCUCUUCCACGCCUGCACCAGCAUCGCCAUGGUGAUUGGGAAGCGGAUCCCUCCGGAUCAGCUCAUGAACCUGCUGCUGUCCCUGUUUGAGGGGCUGGGGGAUCCCGACAGGAAUUGCUCCCGCGCCGCCACCGUCAUCAUCAACUGCCUGCUCAAGGAACGGGGAGGGGUCCUGCAGGAGAAGAUCCCGGACAUCGUGAGCAUCAUCCACGGGAAGCUGGAGGAGGUGGACGAGGAGCACCUUCGGAAGGCGGCCCAGCAGACCGUGUACAUCCUGGCGGCCCAGCAUUCCAGCCUCGUGGUCUCCAGCCUCCUGGGCAGCUCCCUGCCCUUCGACAG